UCGCAGCGCCACAAAGGUAAAAACGUGGUUUGUGUGGUGGUGUCCGUCGGUGUCGCUUAUGCUGGCGAAUGCUUCGCGAAUUGUGAAUGUCCUAAUGUUCCCGGCAUUACUAAACCAUCGUUGGAAGUGUAAAAAUGUCUUUAUAAAGUGAACAACGUAUACUCAUCCUCUACAGAACAGAACCGUGAACUCUGUGAGCGCAACCGCUGUGAGGUCUGUUGACUGUAGCCGGAAUCAUGACGAAAAUAUCCGAACCAUUCUCGGUGAUGACUGUCUCCAACGACGUUACCACGUUUGGUGACAUGUGUGUCCAACCUGGUCCAACUGCCACGUCUGUGAUUGUAACGCACGACUCGAUGUCCGCAUCGUUGAUUGAAAUCGACGACGACCGGGCAGUCAAGGUGCGAACUUGGCACACCAAAUUAACGUCACCGUUCACGUGUCCCGUUGUGUACGACCCCACAAAGGAGCAGUACAUAGCGGUGUACCGCAGAACAAUUUCAUUCAUUUCACCCGAAGAGACAAGCAGCGUUAAACGCAAAUCCGUUCAGCUUGCCUGUGCUCCGUACCGCGUUCUGUCGCGACCACACGAUGAGCCUCUCGUGGUAUUCCAAGAUGGGUCGCUUUUCACACUCACAGCGGCAUGUAACGGUGCGUGCUCGAGUGUAGACGCCAGCGAGCAAGUUGUGCACGUUGAGCUGAACACCACUGACAAAGCCACGUUUGUUCUAACGGUGACGGAUGCAGGAAGCGAGCACAAGUGUAAACUCGUGAGAGCUGAUUCAGCAGAUGUGAGCACAGUGUUCAGUGUAUCAUUGACUACGCUGCUAUGCAGUAGUAAGAUGUUGUCUUGCUGCCUGUCUGAUGGAAAGCCUCUGAUAUUGUUGUCAGAUGGCACGCUCGCAGUAGUCACAGAGAACGGCCAUUCCGAAAUUAGCAAGCUGUCCGUAGACAUCUUGCCGUCAGCCAGGACCAAGAUUUUUGCAUUAGACGCACAACGCAUCCUCGUAGUGUCUCAGGAUCGACUGGUCAUAUGGGCUCUGCCACUGCAGACAUGUGAAGCAAGUCAGCUGGUAAAAGUGCGGCAAGCAGCAGUUAUUGGAAAUCUAGUGUUUCUGCUGCGUCCUGAUCUUCUGCUUUCCUGCGUUCUGCUCUCUGUUGGUCCGACACAGCUAUCCAGACUCGUCGGUCUUGGAGCAGCUCGGUCCAAUGAGACAGCAUCUGACAGUUUGGAUGCAGCAGGCACACGAAAGGAAAUGUGCCUCGAUAUGGGAAAAGUAGCUCUGGAGCCAUCAGAAGACCAGUUGGUGCUGACGGUUCGUAACCUACUCUGCAACAAGCUGGACGAGUCAGCCAUGAACGCAGCACUGAACACACCUUAUUCUGCCGACCGCCUCCUACACAGUCUCCAACAUGGCAUCUCCUUAGAUGAGGCCAAAGCCCUCAUUGGUUACCUGUUGUCCUUCCUGGAGUCUUAUUCGCUUGGAGACUCCGUUCCAAUGCAGAAGGCUCUCGACUGGCUCUGCUGUAUCAUUGAUGCUCACCUACCGCGUCUGCUACUUUCCAACAAGAAGGAAGUUGGCCAUCUCCUGGAGCGCGCAUGCCGCGUUGUGGAAGGUGUUCAGAAGCUCUUUGUGGACCUAGAUCACGUGGAACAGUGGUUGCUGUCGCAGAGAUUGGGACAGCUCAAGUUUGACAGCUCUGCUCUUUAUACCAUUGAGAUCAUGGAAAUCUAAAUAACUUGGUGAAAUAGAUAUUUUCUGUUUAACGUUU